AUGAAGUGGCUGCUCCUUCUUUCCUUGAUGGCGCUCUCCGAGUGCACCACCUACAAGGUCUCGCUCACCAGAAAGAAGUCCUUGAGGCAGAACCUGAUCGAGAAUGGCAAGCUGAAGGACUUUCUGCAGAAUCACCAAUACAACAUAGGCAGCAAGUACUUUCCCUCGGAGGCCACCACCUUGAUGUCCGACGAGCCCCUUCAGAACUACCUAGAUAUGGAGUACUUCGGCACCAUUGGCAUCGGAACCCCCGCCCAGGACUUCACCGUCAUCUUUGACACCGGCUCCUCCAACCUGUGGGUGCCCUCCAUCUACUGCUCCAGUUAUGCCUGCACCAACCACCACCGCUUCAACCCUCAGGAGUCCUCCACCUUCCAGGGCACCAGCAAGACGCUCUCCGUCGCCUAUGGCACCGGCAGCAUGACAGGCAUCCUUGGAUACGACACAGUCCAGGUUGGAGGCAUCUCCGACACCAACCAGAUCUUUGGCCUGAGUGAGACAGAGCCCGGCUCCUUCCUGUACUACGCUCCCUUCGAUGGCAUCCUGGGUCUGGCCUACCCCAGCAUCUCCUCCUCCGGGGCCACCCCUGUUUUUGACAACAUGUGGAACCAGGGUCUGGUUUCCCAAGACCUCUUCUCCGUCUACCUGAGCAAAGAUGAUGAGAGCGGCAGCGUGGUGCAGUUCGGUGGCAUCGAUUCUUCUUACUACAAGGGAACCCUGAACUGGGUGCCUAUUUCUGUUGAGGGUUAUUGGCAGAUCACCGUGGACAGCAUCACCAUGGGUGGAAAGCCCAUCGCUUGCAGCAAUGGCUGCCAGGCCAUCGUUGACACCGGUACCUCUCUGCUGUCCGGCCCAGCCAAUGCCAUUGCCAACAUCCAGAGCUACAUUGGAGCCAGUGAGACUUCCUAUGGCAGUAUGGCGAUCAGCUGCUCCAGCAUCAACAGCCUGCCCGACAUCGUCUUCACAAUCAACGGCAUCCAGUACCCUGUUCCCCCCACGGCCUACAUCCUGCAGAGCCAGGGAAGCUGCUCCAGCGGAUUCCAGGGCAUGAACAUCCCCACCGCCUCCGGAGAGCUCUGGAUCCUGGGUGACAUCUUCAUCCGCCAGUACUACACCGUCUUUGACAGGGCCAACAACCAGGUCGGCCUGGCUCCCGUGGCCUGA